AUGCUCAAGUACUUGAAGCUUGAACGAAGUUAUGCUGAUGAAACUACUCAUCUUAAUCCACCUCACAGAUUUGUUCCUUGGGUGAUUGUGGAUAAUCAACCACUGCAAGAUGAUUACCAAAAUUUUGCAGCCUACGUCUGCAGAGCAUACAAAGGCUCUCGCAGACCUAGUGCUUGCAAAUCACUUUCUGUUGAGAUCAACUCAUCCAACAAUGAAAAUUCUGUUGCUCAAGUUAGCUAUACAAGCGAGGCUAAAAACUUGACAUCAAUGGCACCAGCACAGAAAAAACCAAAAUCACCAACAGCUUUAUCGACAAAGCGGAUGAAGAUGAAGAUGGAAAUUUCUAUGUAA